AUGUUCUUGAAGCCAAUUGCAAUCUCGCUUGUCCUUUCUCAGGUCGCCCGCGCUGCGGAAUACUGGGAGCUUUUCAAUUCAACUGCUGAUCCCACCAAACUUACCAUCCCUGAUAUUCCUCAAACGACUUCGCUCGAUCCUGCUACGCAAUGCCAAUACUACGAGCCUCCAUCCCAUUUCACGUACAAUGCCGCCGAAUGGCCCACAGCCUGGGAGCUUGCAACGUCGAAUGGAAUGAACGAGUCCGCCGAGUUCUUGAAGGUCUACAACUCCAUCAACUGGGACUCAGCACCAAAAAACAUUCCCGUCCGCAAAAUGGUCGACGGUGUGGUUGAUACAUCUGAUUAUGACGCUGCUGCUGAUCCCGAUUGCUGGUGGACCGCCACGACCUGUACUAUCCCCAAGCACGAGAACACCAAUGCCGAUAUCUACAGCUGCCCUGAGCCUGAGACUUGGGGUUUGAAUUUUGACGAUGGUCCCAACUGCUCGCACAAUGCUUUCUACGACUAUUUGGAAGAGCAGAAGUUGAAGGCUUCCAUGUUCUACAUUGGUUCCAACGUCGUCGGCUGGCCCUAUGGUGCCAUGCGUGGUGUUAAGGAUGGUCACCACAUUGCCCAGCACACCUGGAGUCACACCAUGAUGACUACCUUGACCGACAAGGAAGUCCUUGCCGAACUGUACUAUACCCAGAAGGCUAUUAAGAUGGUUACUGGUGUUACUCCUCGUCACUGGCGCCCUGCCUUUGGUGAUGUUGAUGAUCGUGUCCGUUGGAUUGCCACUCAGCUUGGUCUUACCACUAUUCUCUGGGACUUGGAUACCGAUGACUGGGCUGCUGGUACCGUUGAAACCAUGGAAACUGUCCAGAAGCACUAUGAAGAUUUCAUUGCUAUGGGAACCAAUGGCACCUACAAGAACUCUGGCAACAUUGUUUUGCAGCACGAAAUUGAUAACACCACCAUGACCCUUGCUCUCAACUAUCUUCCUCGCAUCCAAAAAUCCUACAAGCACGUCUUGGAUAUUGCUACUUGCCAGAACAUCACCUACCCUUACAUGGAAAAGACUGUUUCCUUCCCGAGCUUUGCUAAUGCUACUGGUAGCACUGCUGCUCAGUCCUCUGGCAGUGCUAGUGCAUCUGCUUCGGCUUCUGCUAGCUCCGGCGUCUCUGCUCAGUCUGAUAGCACUGACGAGUCCGCUGCUGGCAUCUUCACUCCCAACAAUGCAUUCGUGGUGACCCUUGUCGCUGCUCUUGCUCAUCUCUUGUUGUAA